ACAUUUCCCAGGAUGCCCCCGCACCACUCCCCACUUCGCGCCUCCCGUGAGUCUCUGGGCACAGAACUUGGCCUCCGCCGCUGGGGGCGGGUCAACGUCGGACUCCCGGGGCGCCCGGUUACGCACUUCCUCCCGGGGGUGAAUCUCCGUGUGGCGGGUUCGAGUCCCGCCUCCCGACUCGCCGCAAGCCCCUGAGUCCGGGGCGGGGCGCAUUCGCCAGUUAACCUCUCCGCGGCGAGGGGCGGUGGCACACGUUGGGCUUCACCAUGGAGAACUACCUGCAAGGUUGUCGAGCUGCUCUGCAGGAGUCCCGACCCAUACAUGUUGUGCUGGGAAAUGAAGCUUGUGACUUGGACUCCAUGGUGUCAGCCCUUGCCCUGGCUUUUUACCUGGCAAAGACAACUGAGGCCGAGGAAGUCUUUGUGCCAGUUUUAAAUAUAAAACGUUCAGAACUACCUCUACGAGGUGACAAUGUCUUCUUCCUUCAGAAGAUUCACAUUCCAGAGUCCCUCUUGAUUUUCCGGGAUGAGAUUGACCUCCAUGCACUGCACCAGGCUGGCCAGCUCACCCUCAUCCUUGUUGACCAUCAUGUCUUACCCAGAAGUGACGCAGCCCUAGAGGAGGCAGUGGCAGAGGUGCUAGACCAUCGGCCCAUCGAUCAGAAACACUGCCCUCCCUGCCAUGUUUCAGUUGAGCUGGUGGGGUCCUGCGCUACCCUGGUGGCCGAGAGAAUCCUGCAGGGGGCACCAGAGAUCUUGGACAGGCAAACUGCAGCCCUUCUUCAUGGAACAAUCAUCCUGGACUGUGUGAACAUGGACCUUAAAAUUGGAAAGGCAACCCUCAAGGACAACCACUAUGUAGAGAAACUAGAGGCCCUCUUCCCAGAUCUGCCCAGCAGAAAUGACAUCUUUGAUUCUCUGCAAAAGGCCAAGUUUGACGUAUCAGGACUGACCACAGAGCAGAUGCUGCGAAAGGACCAGAAGACCAUCUCCAGACAAGGCACUAAGGUGGCCAUUAGUGCAGUAUAUAUGGAUGUGGAGGCUUUUCUGCAGAGGUCUGGCCUCCUUGCAGAUCUCCAUGCCUUCUGCCAGGCUCACAGCUAUGAUGCCCUGGUUGCCAUGACUAUCUUUUUCAACACUUACAAUGAGCCAGUGCGGCAGUUGGCUGUUUUCUGUCCCCACGCAGCGCUUCGAGUGACGAUCUGUGGAAUCCUGGAACGUUCCCACUCUCCGUCCCUAAAGCUGACCCCUGUCCCAAGCAGCCACCCUAACCUCCAAGCCUAUCUUCAAGGCAACACCCAGAUCUCUCGAAAGAAAGUUCUGCCUCUGCUCCAGGAAGCCCUGUCAGCGUAUUUUGACUCCACAGACAUCCCUUUAGGACAGCCUGAGACAGAGGGUGUGUCAAGGGAGCAGGUGGACAAAGAAUUGGACAGGGCAGGCAACUCCCUGCUUUCUGGACUGAGUCAGGAUGAGGAGGAGCCUCCACUGCCCCCCACGCCCAUGAACAGCCUGGUGGACGAGUGCCCCCUGGAUCAGGGGCUGCCGAAAUUCUCAGCCGAGGUCAUCUUCGAGAAAUGUAGUCAGAUCUCGCUGUCAGAAUCUACCACUGCCUCCCUGUCCAAGAAAUGACUGUUGGGAGGGAAGGGGAAAGAGAGAGAGGUUGCUUGAACCAUCCUGAAUGCAUGUUUUGAGAUGUUUCAGCAGUUCUGUCUUCUUCAUUGUUCCAGAAUCUAGUGUACUGUUGUCAUUAACCUAGGAGGAGAAAGAAGAGAAAGAAAGCUGAGCUGGCUUUCUACCUUUUUCCCCACAAUCUCAACCAAUCAAACAAAUUUUAUUAUUUAAUUUAACUGUUGAAAUCUGCACUGACUAUCAUCUAUUUCAUUUGCCACGGUCAUAAUGUAAUAACAUACAUUUGUGUGUAUUACAUAAUGUAGUAACAUACAGGUGCAGCAGAGUGGCAAAGAAAUAAUGUGUACCCAAGAGUGCCCUCAGUCAGGCUCUUUAACAGAACCAGUAUUUCUCAUGGACCCAAACAUGCAUUGUCUCCAGUAUUCAUUUAUUCUCUUAUUAAUUCAAGUAUUUAUUGAACACAAUACCUACCUUAAGCUUAUUCUAGUUUUCAGCCUUUAGCUCAUUUCCACCUCCAUGACUCCUCUCUCUGCCCCCCAAUUAGGUGAUGGUGUCUGAUCCAAGAUGGCUAAAUUUCUAUUCUCAGCUUAUUAUGACUGUUUCAGGAUUGUUCAGGGGCAGAUUGGAGGCCCUUGUCUUCUGUCCUGAUCAGGUGGCCUAGCUCUCAGUUUCUCUGGAUCCCUCUGAGCCAGAGCAGGGAUGCAGAAGACCUCUGGUUCAGGAGACAUCUGGGAAGGCCUUAAGACCUCCUGGGCACUCUUCCCAAAAGAUGGCAAAAAUACCAUAAGAGCCCUGGCUCUACUGAUUUCUUAUCCAUCUCAUUCUCCUCUUGCACAGAGUAGAAGGAAACUACUAGAAGGAAACUAGAGUUUCAUACCGAGUGCCAUAAACUGUGUCUUUUGCUCAGACACUCACUGCUUCCAGUCUCAUUUCCCUGUCUGCAAAACUGAUAUUCCCUGGUUUCUGUCCCGUUGCCACCAUCCUUUCUCACCUCUGCUUCUCUGUUUUUUUGUUUUUGUUUCUGUUUCCCUGGGAAUGCUCAGGGUCACUGGAUUGUCUGUUUCUAUGUAAUUGUACCAAGGUCCUCAGCCUCAUGUAGCAUGUACAGGGGUAUGAUUCCAUAGUGACCCAGAACAGAGCCCCGCCCCCCCCACCCCCCAGCCCCUGACUUGUUCUGCAUGUGUAGAGUCCCCCUUUUCUCUUCAGACCAACCUGUUUCCCCUUUUUCCUCCCCAACAGCUCUGUCUCCUGUGGGUUGUCAACAGUUUCGCUGAACAGUGGGGUAUGUGAUGGUUUGGGCAUGAUGUCUUCAUAUGAGGGAAACAGGCUGACUUCACUUUGAAGGGAUGAUGUUUGUAGCCAUUGGCAGGUAAAAUAGUGGUGUGAUUAUUGAACCAAAGGAAUUUACGUUUUGUAACUUGGUUACUUUUAUUUUGCAUUUUGUUAAAGUAUUAAAUACUUUUUUCCUGUU